CACGCCACGGACGGCAGGGCAGUGGUUGUUGCUUCCCCCACCACACUGGACUGAGCUCUCGUCCCCACUCCGAUAAGUAACUAGCUUAUCGCCUCAGGAUUACACGGCCAAUCCCCCACCUCCCCUCCCAUGGCCACCACCGCCCUCCUCCUCCGCGCCCACCACCCCUGCAACCCCUCGCCGCCGCCGCCGCGCACGGCGAUCGUCUGCCGGGCCAUGGCAUCCACCGCCGCCGCGGCCGCCCAGGCGCUGCGCUCCAUGGCCCCGCCGCACCGCCCGGAGCUGCUCUCCCUCGACCUACCCCGCUACGACCCGGCGCGCUCCAGGCCGGUCGACCUCGCCAUCGUCGGCGGCGGUCCCGCAGGGCUCGCCGUCGCGCAGCGCGUCGCCGAGGCGGGCCUCUCCGUGGUCUCCAUCGACCCCUCCCCGGGCCUCGUCUGGCCCAACAACUACGGCGUCUGGGUGGACGAGUUCGAGGCCAUGGGCCUCACCGACUGCCUCGACACCGUCUGGCCCGCCGCCUCCGUCUACAUCGACGACACCACCUCCCCCAAAUCCCUCCACCGCCCCUACGCCCGCGUCGCGCGCCGCAAGCUCAAGUCGACCAUGAUGGACCGCUGCGUCGCGCACGGCGUCGCCUUCCACCAGGCCAAGGUCGCCAAGGCCGUGCACAACGAGGCCUCCUCCCUCCUCAUCUGCGACGACGGCGUCGCCAUCCCGGCCACCGUCGUCCUCGACGCCACCGGCUUCGCCCGCUGCCUCGUGCAGUACGACCGGCCCUACAACCCGGGCUACCAGGUCGCCUACGGCGUCCUCGCCGAGGUCGACGCCCACCCGUUCGACAUCGACAAGAUGCUCUUCAUGGACUGGCGCGACUCGCACCUCCCCGAGGGGUCCGCCAUCAAGGACCGAAACACCCGCAUCCCCACCUUCCUCUACGCCAUGCCGUUCUCGCCCACCAGGAUCUUCCUCGAGGAGACCUCCCUCGUCGCGCGCCCGGGCCUCGCCAUGGACGACAUCCAGGAGCGCAUGGCCGCCCGCCUGAAACACCUCGGCAUACGCAUCCGGAGCGUCGAGGAGGACGAGCGCUGCGUGAUCCCCAUGGGCGGGCCGCUGCCCGUGCUGCCGCAGAGGGUGGUCGGCAUCGGCGGCACGGCCGGGAUGGUGCACCCCUCCACGGGGUACAUGGUGGCGCGCACGCUCGCCACCGCCCCCAUCGUGGCAGACGCUAUCGUGCGCUACCUCGAUUCCGGCACUGGCGGCGUCACCGGCGGCGACGCGCUGGCCGCCGAGGUGUGGAAGGAGCUCUGGCCCACGGACAGGCGGAGGCAGAGGGAGUUCUUCUGCUUCGGAAUGGACGUCCUGCUCAAGCUCGACCUCCCCGGCACGCGACGCUUCUUCAACGCGUUCUUCGACCUCGAGCCGCACUACUGGCACGGCUUCCUGUCCUCCAGGCUCUUCCUGCCCGAGCUCCUCAUGUUCGGCCUCUCCCUCUUCGCAAACGCUUCCAACACCUCCAAGCUCGAGAUCAUGGCCAAGGGAACGCUGCCUCUUGCCAAGAUGGUAGGCAACUUGAUACAGGACAAGGAUAGGUGAUCAUCGCACGCCUGUCCCCCUAUUAGAGGGUAUGUAUCUACCCCUACCUGCAUUUCUAAGAUCUUCAGGGGAUCUCUGAUUUUGGCUUAGCUUUUCUCCAACAAGUGUAUUUAUUAUCAUUGUUUGCAAAGAGAAAGGAUUUAAAGAGCGGCAACAGCAGCUUAAUUAGGGCCUACAACAGGGAGAUGUAAACAACAUUUGCUGCUGCCACAUAUUGGAACAUGUAUAGCUCAUAUUGAGGUAGUGUGACA